AUGGAUAAAGAGAGCUUUCCACCCUCUCUGAAAGGGAAGAAGGUGCUGUUGACCACUGAAUCGCUUGGUCCUGUCAACGGAGUCAGUCGAACAACAGGCAGUCUGAUCGAAUAUCUUCGUCGCAAUGGGGUAGACCUGGUCGUGGUGGCACCUCAAUUCGAAGGCGCCCAACAGCCCCAGCAACAAGUGGCGAAUUUGCGACUUCCAGGGUAUCCUCUCCCAUACAACCCUGAUCUGACUCUGGUGUACCCGUUCCGCCUGAAAGAUGUCUACAAGCCGACCACCCAGCCGGAUAUUGUCUAUGUGGCGAGUCCGGCAUCCUUAGGUUUCCAGUUACUAUUGUAUAUGCGACAGCUUCGGAAACCACCCGUUGUGCUUCUGAACUUCCAGACCGACCUGUCAGCAUACAGUGAGAUCAUCUUCCCGGGCCCCCUGAGUCGGUGGGCUGUUUGGUUGCUGGCAACAGUGCAAGGCUUCCUUUUCAGCGAUCCCGCUGUGCAUACCAUCUUCUACCCAUCGUCAUGCAUCCUAGACUAUCUGAAGAAGGCUGGCGCGCCCGUCGCACGAGCCGUCAAACUGGGACGAGGCGUCGAUACCACCCUGUUCAAUCCCUCUCGGCGCGACGAGGCCUAUCGGAAGGAGAUUGCGCCGGAUGGAGAAAUCAUCCUUGUCUGCGUGUGCCGACUAGCUCCAGAGAAAGGAUUCGAGUUCCUGGCCGUGGCAGCCGCCAAACUCGUGAAAGAGAAGCUACCGUUCAAGCUUUUGAUUGUCGGGGGAAACCGCAAUCCCGUCGUCGAAAGCCGCAUUCACCGUCUCUUUGAUCAUGUCAGAGACCAUGUUGUAUUCACAGGCUUCUUGACCGGAGAAUCACUGGCUCGCGCAUAUGCUUCGGGAGAUCUUUUCCUGCACUGCUCUAUUACCGAGACUUUCGGGUUGGUGGUACUGGAGGCGAUGGCCAGCGGGCUGCCUGUUAUCGCACGGGACCAGGGUGGCCCAUCGGAUAUUGUACGCCAUCAGGAGACUGGGUACUUGGUCCCUCCAAAUGACGUGGAGCAGUUUGUGGCUCUGGUGCGGCAGGUAUCGCUCGACUCACAGCUUUUGUCGUCCCUGGCUGUGGCUGCCCGAGCAUAUGCGGAAGAUACGACGUGGGAGAAGAUUAACCGAAGGGUGGCCUGGCAGAUGGCAAAUGCGGUUGAGCAAAGAGAGCAUGAAAAACGAGUUUCAAUGGCAGGCCACAGUCGAUGGCGUGCUGCUUACGAAAAAGUCAAAGACAGAACCGUUUACGCCCUGGUUGAGCGACUCCGACUUAUUGCUGCUCUGGGAUUGGUGUGCUUUAUGUGGAUGAUCUCGGUUGUCCCGUUGAUCAUUCAUGGCAGCCGAGUCAUUCCAAGAGGGCUGGCAUAUAUCUGCGGCCUGGCCGGUCUUGCAGGGACGAAGUGUACGUAA